UCCAGCAGCUCUUGCGGCGGACACACGGGACCCAACUAUCCCGGGGAGCGACGCGCUGAAAGACUAUGAUUUAAAUUCCGAAAACUCCGCGGCCGCCGGAGGAGCGAGAACACACGCACUGGUCAAACUUCACGGAGGAGGCGAGAAGUGUCGGAGACUGACACCAGUUCUCUCCGUCUCCCUCUCGCUCUCGCCGCGAGCCGCUAUGGGGGAGUUAAUCGGAGCAAUUAUUCGGACGGUUUGCCAUUAGAAAAUCUCCACCACAGCAACAGCUGCGAGAAUGUUGACGAACAAGUGGAACAUGGUCGAGCAUCUGUGACCCUCCUGCGCCCCCGAAGGUUCACUCCACAUUGCUCCUGAGAAUCGACAGUGGAGCCUAAUUCAUUCUGAAACACACCCACCUCUCCCCUUGAAGCCAGAAUGCCCAUCAUCAGCAAUGCCAACCAUGACUUCAGCACCUACUCCAUCAGCAGCGAUGACAGCAGCCUGGACCGCUUCUUCACGGAAAUCCCAGAGACUGAGACCAUCAAAGGUGUUUACUUCCAACGUGUCCAGCGACACCGUGAUCCAAAAGCCACGUGUGUCAUCGAUCACACCCUACAGGUGCUCAUUAACGUCGGUGGGAACCGCUACACCUUCCCCUGGAGCACCCUGGAGAAGUUCCCUCAGAGUCGGCUGGGCCGUUUGCGAUCUUGCACGACCCCGGAGGAGAUCGCCCACCUGUGUGACGACUACGACGAGACUUGCCAGGAGUACUUCUUCGACCGUAACCCCACAGCUUUCAGAGUUAUCCUCAACUUCCUAGCUGCUGGCAAGUUGCGGUUGCUCCGGGAACUAUGUGCUGUGUCUCUGCACGACGAGCUUGACUACUGGGGACUGGACCCGGGUCACAUGGAGCGAUGCUGUCGGCGCCGCAUGAUAACACGAGUGGAAGAAGUGGCUGAGCGAGAACGCAAGGAGGAAGAGUGGAGGCAGAAGAGGAUGAAGCUGAAAAAAACAACGGUCGAGGCUGAAAAGGGCCAUCGUAAACUGAUCUGGAUACUCCGGGAGGUGAUGGAAAACCCUCAUUCAGGUUUCGCAGGGAAGGUGUUCGCUUGCCUCUCCGUCAUCAUGGUCCUGGUCACUGUGAUCAGCUUGUGCAUCAGCACCAUGCCAGACCUGAGGAACGAAGAAACAAGGGGGGAGUGCUCGCAGAAGUGUCAGAGUAUGUUUGUGGUCGAAUCCAUCUGCGUCGCCUGGUUCACCUUGGAGUUUGUGUUGCGAUUCGUCAACGCUCAGAGCAAGUUGGCCUUUGCCCGCGGCCCCCUCAACAUCAUCGACGCCAUCGCCAUCCUGCCGUACUAUGUGUCGCUGGUGGUGGACGUCAGAGAUGAAUCGCAGGAGGAGGUGGUGAUAGGUCACGGCAGAGGCUACCUGGACAAGCUGAGCCUGAUCCUUCGUCUUCUUCGGGCGCUUCGUAUUCUGUAUGUCAUGCGGCUGGCGCGCCACUCUCUGGGCUUGCAGACUCUCGGACUGACCAUGCAGCGCAGCAUGAGGGAGUUUGGCCUGCUGCUUCUCUUCGUCUGCGUGGCCGUCGCUCUCUUCUCCCCUCUGGUGCACCUGGCCGAGAGCGAACUCGCACCAUUUGCUGCCACUCACCCACAUCACAGCUUCAGUAGCAUCCCAGCCUCCUACUGGUGGGCUAUCAUCUCCAUGACUACUGUUGGAUAUGGAGACAUGGUUCCCCGAAGUAUCCCUGGGCAGAUAGUUGCACUGACUAGUAUCCUGAGUGGAAUCCUGAUCAUGGCCUUUCCUGCUACCUCAAUCUUCCACACGUUCUCCCGCUCAUAUCAGGAGCUGAAGCAGGAGUACAAGCGGCUGUGGAAGGAGGAGAGGGGUGAGGAAAUGGCUGCUGAGUCAGAUGAGAGCUGCGGUAAGGUGGACCUGACACCAGACAAGCUGACAGAGUCCAGAGUGGAUGAUGACGGACUGAUGUCAAAGCCAGGUCAGGAUUCAAGUCUUCCAUCCACCGCGUUCUAACGGGCCAUUUGGCCACUUAGCCACAGAAGCCUGGAAGAGGUGACGGUCAAUGUGAUAUAUUUUGUGAAAGUGCAUAAUGCCAAUGAUUAUGGGAACUCACUGUCACUCGUGAACCCUUUAACCAUCCCUCGGCUGCGCUGCGAGUUCGUCACUGUCUGCGACUCAUUCAGACUCACCAGACUGCAGCAUGCAAACUUUUACUGGAGCUAUAAAACAAGUUUGGUCCUGUAAGUUUUGCUUCUGUCUGUCAUCGUGCACAAGAACACUGUUCACUCUUGAGAGAACCAAAAUGCAACGCAUAUAGUUGUUAAAAUGGCGACAUUUAAUUUAGCUGUCUUCCCAUUCUUUUUUCAUAUUCAGCCUCUCAUGUGAGUGUAUUUCCUUGCUGUGGCUGAACUGUUGCUAAGUGAUAACGCUGUGACCCUGAUUAUCAUUCCCCUGUCAACAUUUCUUAAAAAACACAAAUGUGAUUUGCUGGUGAGGAUACACCAGCUAAGUGAUUAAAAACGAGGUAAAUGAAAGCACACGUCAGUGUGUAUCAUUCAAAUGAUUUUCAGCUGCUAAAUGGAUUUGCGAUGUCCUUCAUCCUUUUUAUCGUAAUACUGAGUUUAUUUCUGGCGUAGGGAAAAUGUAUUCAAACACUUCUGCAGCCAUAUGGGUGGACAUGUAAUUUAUAUGGAAAUAUAAAUGCUCAAAUUAAUAAACCAUGAGAGAGAGCUGGAGCUGGCAGAUGUUUUGGGGUUUUUUCUUGACAUGCAGCCGGUACACAUUUUUUGUUGUCCAUCUGAAUGUGAAUCUUAGUAUUCUAAACGGUUUCCUCCGCCAACUCUCGAGGGAAAUUGGUCAUUCAGAACGAGCCGGAUUUGUCAGUCAGCUUGUCUUUGACUGUUUCUUUGAUGGUGAAAGGAAUAAUUACCCGGAUUUCCCUUUUAUUGGCUUCAACCAAGCCCAAAGUCUGGCUCAGGGGCCAUUUUGUGGCCCAUGAUCGAGCUGCACAAGGCCGGCAGUCUCCGUCGUCAGAACCGAAGACUGCUAUAGAAAGUUUGGUAACUCACUCCACCAUUCGCAGAGCCCGAGCAGUAUCUGGCAACCCAAUCCACCACCCUAUCCAAGUGACAUCGCAGUUUGACCAAGCAGGAGUGGCUCAACACCAUUUGAAACUUUUAGGACUGUACAACCCAUGUUUGGUCUUCAUUUGAUCACUUUCCCUGUGACUUACCAUCCUGCUUUGUCGUCAUGGAUACGGCUCAUUCAAGUGUGUUGAACUUUGAAAGUUUACCAGACACCGGAUAUGGAAAAACUAUCUGAAGCCUUCUGCUGACAUUAUAACAGUGGCUAAGCAGACAUCUGCCAAAAAGACAAGAGUUAAUUUGUUGUCGACUUUAAUGCACUUUAGAUUUUUGGUAUGCAAAUUCAACUACCCGUGAACCAUUUAUGUCCACCAACAGAGCCAUGUCAUUGACACCGAUUUGGAAAAUGUGUGUGGGCUGCUUCUUGUUGAUGUUGCGAUGCUACGCAUGGUUUGAAAUCAUCAAAACAGUGCAGUCAACAAGGAUUUAUUUGACACCUGGGCAGUAAUGGCACAGUCGUUUGCACUUUCCUGGACUGAUCUGAAAGAUUGGUUUCAAAACUCGAGCAAUAUGCGGUCGUAAUCCUGUCUCUGAGAACGUCAUGGAGAAAGUGUGCUCCAGCACCGCUGGGUUCAGUUAGAGGACGGCAAAUUCAAUUCAACGCAGAAGUCUGUCUGAAGUUACUUGUAGAACACGAUUAUUAAGGUCAGAAGUUCUGAUAAUGUUCUGUUCUGAAGAUAUUUAAAAUGAAUACAUUUAUUAUAAAAAUAAAUAAAUAAAUAAAAUCUAAAUCCAAACCCAUGGAACACUCUCUUAUGGCCUCAGGGAAAGAUGACAGAAACAUCAUAGUUAUAUAGAAAAUUACUGAAUUAUAGAAUGAUUUAAAUGUAUCUAAAAAAAUAAUGUCAAAUGACAGAUUAUCAGAUUCAAACAUUUCCACGGUGAAGAGGAAAGAAGUAUGUCCACGCUAUGAAACGAUCACAAUAUUCCUUGCGUGUCACAGCAAGUAAACACCCUGUUCUUCACUCCGCCUCUCUCCCUCUGGUACCCAAAUGUACAAGUUAAAUUGAGCUAUUUACUUCAGUCACUCAUCUAUUUUGGUGUCUAACUGCACAGAUCUGCUCUUCAUCUCUGUGCAGCCUCCUCAGUGUUGCUGGCACCUCUCUCUCGUUCACGGACAAUGGCGACAUUAAACAGUUCAACAAUGACUUCGUUGUUAUCCUCACCCACUGCCUCUCCCCCCUCGGCCCCCACAUCCUGCUGUCCACUAAAUGGCUAAAACCGUGGGCAGGGAGCUCCAUGUUUUGUUUUUUUUUUUUGUUUUUUUUUUUUAUGCCAUGAUGCAGCUACAUGGUGUUCACUUGCUACUGAUAAAGAUGUCAGCCCUUGAACAUGUGAUAUUAUUGGCCAGUUUAAUUGUGAUGUGAAAGACUUCAACGGACUUUUCAAUUUCCUUGUAAACAGAAGAUAGAGGAAACUUAGAUAAGCAGGUCAAAGAUGGGAGAGUUUUAUGGCUCUGUUUUUAAUUAACACAACAACACUGAUCAAGUACAAUAAGAUUAGCAUCGUCUGAAUUGUAUGGUUUUACUGAUGCCAGCUCUCGAUGUGACUGUGAUCUGGUGAAAUGCCAUAUGAAAGAAUACAUUGAUUAUCAUAAACGUCUUUUUAUUUUAAUAUGUUGUCAACCUACUUCAGCGGUGGACAAUGAAACUUCACAAGGGACCACAUUACGCACUUUUUCUAGUUUUAGGGACUGACAAUUCAUAAGACUGAAGAAAAGUGAUUUUAAAUAUAACUUUAAUUUUGUUACUUAAAUAUAAAAAAAACAAUAACAUGAUGACUUUUUAUAAAUAGAGCGUGUUUUAUGAUGAUAGAUUAUUUAACUAAAUCAAAAUAUUACAACUAAGAGGAGAAUAGCUGGAUGAUAGCGUUGUGGGACAAAACAUCUACAUUUGAAAAUUGACUUUUCAAUAAUAUUUCUUUUAUUUAUUCUAAGGGACAAGAAGCUCAGUUAAACUAUGCAUGAUUUAUGAAAAUAGCUUACCUGUGAUUCAAAAGGUAAUGAAUCAAUAAUAUAAAAUAUUGCAGGCAAAGGGCUUCAUGUGGUUCACAGACCCAUGUCUUUUCUGUUUUAAGAAUUAGAAAAUGGAAAAUAUUUAACCAGCUUGAAGCGGCCCAACAUGUUCACUGAUGCGUUUUUCAUCAUUGUUUUCAAAAGUCUAACUAUUCUCCCUCGAAAUGUGUGUUCAUGACUGACAGCCACACAAACAAGUGUGUAUCUCUGUCUUUGUGGGGACCGCUCAUUGCCGUAAUGCUUUCCUCAGCCUCACACAUCACAAAUACAAAUUAGAGACGAACUCUUGAGGGUGUCUUGUGCUCCACACCCUCUACCUAUGAAUACCAAUAAUACGCGGAAUAAAAUAAGAGAAUAGACAUUUAUUAGCUUGACAAUUGUGUAUUUCGUCACAAAAACUGUGUGGUUGCAUUAAACAGAAGUACAAAUAACAUGAUAUCAAGAGAAUAUAAUUAAAAAAAAAAAGCUUUUGUGUCUGGAAUUGAUGACACUCUGUCUCAAAUGCCAUGCUGUCAUUCAGCAGGAAAACAUUCAUUCACAGAUUCUUAACAGUGGGACACGUUGAACUGUACAGGUGCAGACGUCUUGUUCAGGGUGUACUUCUCGAAGUUCAUCCAGAGCUGUUCGGCCUUCUCUGAGUGUCGCCUCAGGCAGAUCUCUUUGUCACAGACUGUGGUGACACUGCAGGAAAAAUAGAUGAUUUAUAUAUGUAUAUAUAUAUAUAUAUAUAUAUAUAUAUAUGUAUGUGUGUGUGAGGGCAUUAUGAUACAAGAAAAAAGUGACCUCUAGUGGUCACUCUUCAACUUUCUGUGACUCAAACAAACAAGCAUUAAUUUCAGAAAUGUAUCUUAUUUUAUUAAUUCACAUAGAUUAAAAAUGGUUUAAAAAUGGUUUCACAUCUGCUGGAUUAUUCUAUUAACUAUUUUAAAAAGAAAAUUUUUUUUGUACAUGUCUUGGGGUGGGGAGAAAAAAAAAACAUCGACUUACACAAAUACUUUCUUUUUGCAUAUUUUUUCUUCACGCACAUUUCUGACCCUGUCUGGAGGAAUGGCUUGAUUUCCAAUUUUCCCGCAGCAUUUCUUGGACGACAAUCCCACAGCCCUGGAAGCUGAGAGGAGCAUUUGCUUGUGAAAUUACUGUGAUAUUUUACACGUUAAU